GAGAGAGAGAGAGAGAGAGAGAGAGGGAGGGAGGGAGGGAGGGGAGGUGCUGCGUUAGCCGCAGUCAGAAGGCAGCAGUAGCAGCAGUAGCAGUAGCGGUGCACGCUGCUCCAGGCUCUUUCUCUCUCCAUUGUUCCCCCGUGACAGCCGGAGCUCGUUCCCCCCUCGUUCCCUUCCCUUCCCGCCAGCGUACAGAAGAGCACGCGGAGGAGGAGGAGGAGGAGGAAGAGGAAGAAACAGAAGAGGGAGAAGAGGAGGAAUCUGUCACCCCAUCCCUGCCCUUCAAAACAGGGAACUGUCAGGACCCAUCUCCCCAGCAACACUCUUUUUGCUUUCCUCUUUCCUGUGGAACCUAAGUGCUGAUUUGUUUUUGUUAUUUAGUUUUUUGGCUUCCCCUCCCCUUUGGCUCCCCCUUUUUUUUUUUUUUGCGGUGGCUGUGGCUUGUUGUUGUUUUGGUUUUUUGGUCCAUUUUUCUGUCAGUCGUCUGUGGAAUUACGUGCUUUUUGAUGGGAGCCAUGGGGCUGGAGGGAAAAAGUAGAAGGACAGCCAGCACCUGGCCCUGCCCUGGCCUCCGCCUGUGGAGGAUACUCCUGCUGCUCUCGGAGAUCUGGACUGUGCACGCUCAGACGUCAGAGGAACCCAAGUCACAGUACUUCUGGGAAACAGGGCCCUGGGGCAGAUGCAUGGGCAGCGAGUGUGGCCCGGGAGGGAGCCAGAGCCGGGCGGUGUGGUGUGCCCACGUGGACGGCUGGACCACGCUUCACACCAACUGCCUCCAGUUGGAGCGGCCCCCCAACCAGCAGAACUGCUUCCGUGUGUGCGACUGGCACAAGGACCUGUACGACUGGAAGCUGGGCGUGUGGAACCAGUGCGUGCCCGUGUCGCUCCGGACUGGCGCCGCCCGGCCGGCCGUGUGCCUGGAGGGCGAGGAGGGCAUCCAGACGCGGGAGGUGAGCUGCGUCCUCAAGGCCGGGUCGGUUUCCGCCGACAACGCCAUAUGCGAAUACUUCGAGCCCAAGCCGCGGCUCGAGCAGGCGUGCAUUAUCCCCUGUCCGCGCGACUGCGUGGUCUCGGAGUUCAUGCCGUGGACCUCGUGCUCCAAGACCUGCGGCACGGGGCUCCAGAACCGCGUCCGCAGGGUCCUGGUGCCCCCGAUGUUCGGCGGCACGGGCUGCCCCAACCUCACCGACUUCCAGACGUGCAAGCCGGGCCCGUGCGAGGGCCGGGACAGUGUCUUUAGCCUCAGGAUGGGCGGAUGGAGCAAUUGCUCCCUGCCCGUCUCACGGCCCACCAGACAGGCCCGACGCAGGAAGGGAGACAGGAAGGAGAGGAAGGGAGGUGGGGCGGGCGCCGUCAAGGACCCAGAGACCCGCGAACUCAUCAAGAGCAAACGGAACCGCAACCGCAUGAACCGGCAGGAGAGUGACCUGUGGGACAUCCAGGUGGGCUACCAGGCACGCCAGGUGAUCUGCGUACACAGGAAUGGAAGCGCUGUUGGCCUCAGCUCAUGUCCUCACUGGUCCCUGCCUCCCACCUUCCAGACCUGCCUGAUGCAGAAGGACUGCGCGGUGAGCGAGUGGGCGGAGUGGGGAGCCUGCUCCAAGGCGUGCGCAGACCCGGGGAUGCCCAAGGGUAGCCGCUCACGCUCCAGGCAGGUGCAGCAGUUCCCGGUAACCGGGGGAACAGAAUGCCCCUCGCUGGAGGAGACGGAGCCCUGCGAACCCCAGGGAGAUGACCUACCCCCCUGCGCAACGUACAGCUGGAGGACCACGGAGUGGAGCGAUUGCCGGGUGGAUGCGCUGCUCAGCCAACAGGACCGUCGGCGUGGUAACCAGACGGGGCUGUGUGGGGGGGGCCUGCAGAUCAGAGAAGCGUUCUGUGUGCAGGCCAACGCCGAGCUGCUCUCUUACCUCAACAACCUCAAAAACAAAGAAGAGGGUCAGCCACAAGGGAACCAGAAGCCCAGUGCUCCUCCUCUUCUCUCCAUCAGCUAUGAGAUUACAGCCUCUCAGCCGGUGGACCCUCAGCUUUGCACCGCCCCAGUGCCAAACACCACCCAGCAAUGCCACAUCCCCUGCCCCAUCGAGUGUGAAGUGUCGCCGUGGGGAGCCUGGGGCCCCUGCACCUUCGAGAACUGUAACGACCAACAGGGAAAGAAAGGUUUCAAGCUUAGGAAACGUGCGAUCACCAACUACCCCACCGGCGGCAUGGGCAGCUGUCCACACCUGGUGGAGGCCAUUCCCUGCGAAGACCCCAGCUGCUACAACUGGAAGCUACUCAAGCUGGAGGAGUGCAUCCCGGCCGACAACUUGGAGUGUGGGCCAGGCAUGCAGCUCCCCCAAGUCCAGUGUGUUAACAGCGAUGCAGGUGACCCAGUGGAUACAGGCCUGUGCAGUGAGGCGACUGCCCCCGGGUCAGUCGGCUGUGACGUCCCCUGCCCCAGCGACUGCGCCCUCACGCCCUGGACGUCCUGGUCCUCCUGCUCCCAGACCUGCUCCAGCAAGACCACCGAGGGCCGGCAGAUGAGAACCCGCUCCAUCCUGGCCUACAAUGCUGGAGAAGGGGGCGCCAUGUGCCCAAACAGCACCUACCUCCAGGAAGCGCGCAGCUGCAACGAGCACCCCUGCAUGGUCUACCACUGGCAGACGGGGCCCUGGUCCCAGUGCACCGAGGACCCGUCCGUGGUCGCCACCAACGCCAGCCUCGGCGCCAGCAAGGCCUCCUGCUCCAUGGGCCUGCAGACACGCAAGGUCAUCUGCGUCAAGGUCAACGUGGGACAGGUGCCCCCCAAGAAGUGCCCAGAGGGACCUCGGCCUGAGGCAGUGAGACCUUGCCUGCUUCCGUGCAAGAGGGACUGCCUGGUCACUCCGUUCAGCGAGUGGUCUGUGUGCACCCCCUCCUGUGAGCCAGGUGCUGCGGCCCAGAAACCCAAGCAGUCCCGAAGACGCAUGGUCAUCCAGAUGCCCUCCAACGGAGGCCAGGAGUGUCCCGAGGUGCUGUACGAGGAGACAGAAUGCGAUGCGCCGGGCGUCUGCCCAGGCUACAGAUGGAAAACGCACAAGUGGCGGCGGUGUCAGUUGGUCCCGUGGUCUGUUCGCCAAGAGAGUCCAGGAGCUCAGGAGGCUUGUGGAUCGGGACUUCAGACCAGAGCGGUAUCGUGUCGGCAGCUGGAUGGCUCUGUGGCGGACAUCGGCCAGUGUCUGAAGCUGGCCAGCACCAUGCCCCCCAUCAACCAGCUCUGCCAGCUCCCCUGCCAGGACGACUGCCAGCUCACCCAGUGGUCCAAGUUCUCGCCCUGUGACUUCGACUGUGUGGGCGUCCGGACUCGCAGGAGGGCACUCGUGGGCAAAAGCAAGAAGAGAGACAAGUGUAAGAACAGCCAGCAGUUCCCGCUGAGCGAGACCCAGUACUGCCCGUGUGACAAGUACAAUGCCCAGCCAGUGGGGAACUGGUCCGACUGCAUCCUGCCCGAGGUCCGUCCGGAGGGCGUGCCGGGUGCCAAGACAGCCGCGGCCGAGGUUCGGGAGUGCGGGCAGGGCUACCGCUACCAGGCCAUGGCGUGCUACGACCAGAACAACCGGCUCGUGGAGACGUCACGCUGCAACAGCCACGGCUACAUUGAGGAGGCCUGUAUCAUCCCCUGUCCGUCUGACUGCAAAUUGAGCGAGUGGUCCAACUGGUCACGCUGCAGCAAGUCGUGCGGCAGCGGGGUCAAAGUUCGCUCCAAGUGGCUGCGUGAGAAGCCCUACAACGGCGGACGGCCAUGUCCCAAACUGGACCACAUCAACCAGGCCCAGGUCUAUGAGGUGGUCCCUUGUGUGAGCGACUGCAGUCAGUACACCUGGGUGGCCGAGCCCUGGAGCGUGUGGAAGGUCAGCAAUGUGGACCUGAAGGAGAACUGUGGAGAGGGAGUCCAGACCAGGAAAGUCAGGUGUAUGCUGAACACGGUGGAUGGGCCUUCUGACCCGGUAGAGGACUACCUGUGUGACCCGGAGGAGAUGCCCCUGGGCACGAGGGAGGGCCGGCUGCCCUGCCCAGAGGACUGCGUCCUGUCCGACUGGACUCCCUGGAGCCCCUGCAACAUGCCCUGUGACGGGAGGAUGGACAGGAUUCGGACAGCGUACGCCAUCAGGCAGCCCGGCAGGGGGAAGGAGUGUCCAGACAGCCUGGAGACGGAGGUCUGCCUCCUCAACAAGAACUGCUUCCAUUACACAUACAAUGUCACAGACUGGAGCACCUGCCAGCUAAGCCCUAACGCUGUGUGUGGCGUGGGGCUCAAGACCAGAAUGCUGGACUGCGUCCGCAGUGAUGGCAAGUCUGUGGACCUGAAGAUCUGUGAGGAGCUGGGCCUGGAGAAGAAGUGGCAGAUGAACACGUCCUGCACGGUGGAGUGCCCCGUCAACUGCCAGCUCUCCGAUUGGUCGGCCUGGUCCGAGUGCUCCCACAACUGCGGACUGGAAGGGCGGAUGUGGCGGCAGCGGACGGUGGUGCGGGCCUCCCUGGGGGACGGGCGCCCGUGCCCGGCACAGAUGGAGCAGUGGAAGCCGUGCCCGGUGCGACCCUGCUACAGAUGGCAGUACAGCGCCUGGUCAGAGUGCAGGGUGGAGGAGGUGGUAUGUGGAGAGGGCCUGCGGUUUAGGAACCUGUCGUGCUUGGUGUCUGAUGGAUCUCCCCAGGAUGACGGGAGUGUGGCGGAAGAGGACUUGUGUGCGGGAUUGGAGCUGGCCGUGGAGGGAGAUAAGCGCAUCGUACUGCUGGAGCCCUGCACCCUGCCCUGCCCAGGUGAAUGCUACCUGAUGGAGUGGUCCGACUGGAGCCCCUGUCAGAGUGUGUGUGUGAAGGGCCAGCGUCUGGACUUCCCCUCCGUUCAGGCCCGCUCACGCGCCGUCAUCGCCCAGGAGCCCCAGAACCUCAUGCAGUGCCCCGACCAGGAGUGGGAGUUCCAGCACUGCACUGGUGGAGAGUGUCUUGAAUACAAGUGGAUGGGCAGCAUGGAGUCGGGGUACAACAACAUGGUCUGGUGCCAGCGCUCAGAUGGAGUCAAUGUCACAGGUGGCUGCCCUCCGCUGCCCCAGCCUGGAUCUGACCAGCUCUGCAACCCACCCUGUGACAAGCCAAAGUCCUUCUGCUCAGAGGCCAGCUUAUGCAUGUGCGAGGAGGGCUACACUGAGAUGUUGACCUCGGAGGGCCUGCUGGACCAGUGCGCCCUCAUCCCCGUGCUGGAGAUCCCCACGGCUGGCAACAAGAACGCCGACGUGAAGACCAGCCGCGCCAGCAACCCCACGCUGCCCACCACCGUCCAGCCCGGCAGGAGCGGGCGCACCUGGUACCUCCAGCCCUUCGGGCCAGAUGGCAAGGUGAAGACGUGGGUGUACGGCGUCGCCGCCGGCAUACUGGUGCUUCUCAUCUUCAUCGUCUCUAUGAUCUACCUAGCUUGCAAAAAGCCAAAGAAGCCCCAGAGAAGACAGAGCAACAACAACAGACUGAAGCCUCUGACUCUGGCCUAUGACGGAGAUGCUGACAUGUAAACUCCAGGGAUGGGACCGGCUUCAUCUCAACCCUAUUAAGAAACCCAUCAAUGACCUACUGUAUAUUAGCCACAUUCAGAGCCACGCUUUGGACCCCAGCGACUGGAUUCAUAUGGAGAAAAAGAAAUAAGAAGGGAAGUGUUAAAAAAAAUGAUAUUUCCGCCAUGACGAGUUAAGAGCCAUCCUGAGCAGAUACUUUCAUAAUCCCCGUUCUUCUUUUCUUCCGAAAUGUUUUAUUUCAUAAUCCCCCUUCUUCUUCUUUUGUUCCGAAAUGUUUUGUUAUGCAACAGCCUUCAUGAAUUUCCAGAGACAACAAGAAUAUGCCUUUGUUUUUGUGUUUCUUCUAAUAAGACAGCUUUUUAAAAAAUGGAAGAUCUGCCGAUGAGAGCCAGAUGUUUUUUUUUAAAUUUUCUUCUUCUUCUGCUUUCCUUUGAAAAUCAGCGCAAGUGCAUCACUUCCUUUCUGUGUUUCUAUUUUCGUGUAUGUGUGUGAAAGAGAGAGAGAGAGCAUGUCUCUGUGUGUGUGUGUGUGUGAGAGAGAGAGUGUGUGUGUGUGUGAGAGAGAGAGAGAGCAUGUGUGUUUGUGUGCUCUUUCUUCCAUGUGAGUUAACCCUCCUCAUCUACAAGUCUCGGAGAGUUGGGAUGGGUGAGAGAGGUUGCUGACUUGUGGAUUUCACAUUGCCAAUAGCGGAGAAAGAAAGUAUUUCAACAUUGUUCAUCAAAAGGAUUUUUCACCUCAUUUUUCGCAAUUGUUCCCCUGUCCCCUCCCCGUACUCCGAGACCCGCUCUUCAGUUGCAGUGCUCUUGAGUCAAGGCCUUUUUCUGGGUGAGGUGAGAUGUACAGAUCUUUUGACACAAACAAUCUUGACUGGAACUACUGCCUGCUCUCCAUGCUCUUGAUUCCAGGUCUUAUUUUGCACUAUAUUAGUGCAGCAUGAUAUGCACUUAUGUCUAGUAUUGCCAUAGAAACCGCCUCUCUCUCUCUCUCUACAAGAAGGUAAGCAGUUGCAUAACACAAGACAAAAAAAAAUGGUUUCAUUGAGGUUGACCGGUUAUUAAAGAAAUGUGCAUACAUCUCCAUUUGACAUUGAUCACCCUAGAUGGAUUCUGCAGUGAAGGUGAAUAGAGUUGUGUUGCUCAUGUCACCAUGCAUAUUGUUUUAUUCUACUCCGAGUUAAAUUCGUGAUCUGUAAAGUUAUUGUUUGGUACGUUUCUCUUUUUGAUUUCAGAUUUUUCUAAGGUCUUAUUGUUUUUUUGGUUUUCUGCUUUUUGCGAUUUGUAAAAUAUUUGUUCGUGUACAGCACAGACCCAUGUUAUUUGAGAGAACGUUUUUUUUUUGUGUGAGAUGUUGUGCAAGAACUACACACCCUGCAACCUUUGUACAGACAGGAUUUUGUUCGGUGUGUUUAGAUGAGGUGUUUGUCAUGCAAGAUACCAACAGUACCAGCCUUACUGUACUGUAAAUGUUGGCAUCACCUGCCAUACAGGACAUUGUACUUGCUAUUGCACAGUCCACAGCUGGCAAAAAAAAAAAAAAAAAUGACCAAGGGGCAGUUUACAAUGCAAGUGUGUGUGAUGUUCAGUUUUAGUGAUUCUAUUCAUGAGUCGUCUCAAGGAAUAGUGUUGGUCUGGUGCUCUGCUAAUAAAAAACAAGUGAAUCUUCUGUACACGCGGAGAUGUUUAAUACUCCACAACACGUGUCAAAGAAGUUCGAAUCCCUAAAUGCCAUUAAUGAAAUUGCAGAGAGUUUGUGAGUCAUCAUCUUUAAUCUGAUCCUUUAAGCAAAGUCUCGUGGACUAACAUGGACCAAUAACAGAGGCGGACGCUGUAGGGUCUUUAAAAGAAUAACCCAUAUCUUUGAUUACUUAUUAAAGUUGUAGUACAAUCCUUUAGACAUGUGGAUGCUUGGCAGUAAUCAAUAUGAAGUGAAAACAAAGCCUAAAGCAUACUCUAUUCCCCAAGCAUUAAGUUGCUAUCUAAAUAAAGUUUAUUAUUAUUAUUAUCUAACAACAGAAUAGUUCAACAUCACCAGUUUGGCCAAUGCAAUAGACUGGUGAGAUGAAUGUUUACUCUCUUUUCUGUUUAGUUUGAGUUGUAAAUAAUGAAAAGCUAUUUUUUAUUUUUUGAAUAUACAUAUAAAUAUAUAUAAAUGUGUAAACCUCUUUUGUAUUGCACAGAAUUGUUUAGUAUAAAUUGCAAAGUGGGUUAAUAUAUUUGCUGAUCUUUGUUGACAACGUUCAAUUUCAUUGUUGUAAAAAAAAAUGUAACAAGGUUCAGUCGUUUUUUGUACAGAUGUUGUUUAUGUAUCUGGUAAACUGCAGAUAAUAAAUAACUAAAAUAUAUGGACACACUUCA